AUGAAAACUAGUAGGGACAUGAUUCGCGUCGUUCUAUUCGGAUCAAACAACGAUACGUCUCGCGAUGGUGCUCCUGCCUUUAACCCGGCGCAAGAUAUCCCGUCGAUGGCAGACAAGAUCAUCUUCAUCACAAGCGCCGCGGGCGACCUCGGCCGACAAACGGCCAUAGAGCUGGCUCGUUAUGGCCGGCCUAGUCGCAUAUACAUCGCAGAUCUGCCGCGCAACGACGACGCCAAACAAGCUCUGAUCCGCCAGAUCCAUGAUGAGGCUUACGGGGACUUCAUAUCCCCCUACCUUGGACACGGCCGUCACGACGUCGACGACCGAGAUCCGAUUUCUCGAUCUGGACCUUGCAUCUUUCGAGAGCGUAUCAUCCGUGUCCCUCCGGCAACAACCUCGGAAGGCUACGAGAUCCAUUUUGGAGUCAACUAUCUCGGCCAUGCCCUCUUGACGCGUCUACUGAUGCCGAUGCUGCUUCGCACAAUGCAGCGACAGCCCGGAGCUGAUGUGUCAAGCGAGGGGCACGUUUCAGCGCCUAAACAAGGCGUCGAUUUCGAGCUUGUCAGGACCAACUGUUCGAAUCUGCCUUAUCCAAAGCGCUACGGGCAGAGCAAAGCAGGCCUCAUUGGCCUGAUGCAAGGACUCAGCCGCGACUACCCACAAAUUAAAACAGUCGCCGUACACCCAGGGAGAAUUCUUACGGGUAUGGCUACCUCGUUGUGGAAAGAAAGUACCCUUGCACGCUUGACUAAGCCUAUUGCACCGUUCUUCUGUGUGCCUGUGACUACCGGGAUCAGAUAUCAUCUAUGGGCGGCCACGAGCUCAGAGGUGGUCAGCGGCACGUAUUAUGAACCUGUGGGAGUGCCUGGAACGUUAUCGUCAGCCGUACAGGAUCCGAAUUUUGCGAAAAGACUCAAAGAGUGGACGGAUAAUGCCCUUGGAAGAAUCGAGCCUCUUGAGUAG